AUGUGUGGUCUAAAGAUCGAGCAACCGCGACUGGCGGCGUCAGCAUUUUCAAGCCCAAGGAUAGAAAAACUGAAGGACCCGUCAUUACCAUUCCAGGCAGUGUUCGAGACCAAUACAGUGCCCUUUACCAACGUAUGGUACGGGGUUAAGAAAAGUCACACCGCAUGUCUGUGCCUCAAAGACAUUACAAGUGCUCGUACAGUGACUUCUUCCUUACCGACAAAUAAUAUGACAUAUGGGUAUGAGGAGCAGUCCACUGUGCCAGUGGCCUGGGCGGAAAUUAACGAGUUGCGGUCGAUGGUGCAAGAACUGCAGGAACAAAAUAAAUAUUUUUUAGAACAAAUGAAACGGCAACAGGUAGAAAUUAAUGAUCUAAAGAUACUUGUCGGGUACAAACAGGUGAUGGAGAAUCCAACUGCAGUGGAGCCACUGUCCGCCGUACCCACGGAACAACCCUGCGCCACUGACAUCUGCAGUCCUAACCCGUUUGGCAAGAAGGUGCAGUCACCAGCGACAACUGCAGUCACUUCUGUCAUCCCGGUUAGGACAGUGCAGAGUAAUUUUAGUAGUGUUAACAGAGUUAGUAGUGUUACAGCUAGCACGUCUAAACGUAGCAACACUAUGUGGCUUUAUCCUCCACCCAAAGUAGCGAAAAUCUUGUCUACAAACGCCCCUUAUACCGCCAAGGAGGACCGGCUCAUUUUGGAGUUCGCCUCCAAAAACUUGACUGAAGUUGGCGGUAAAAAGAAAGAAAGAGAAAACGAAAAUAAAAUUAUUUGGAAGUGCGUAGAGUAUAAUGCAAAGAAAUGUCGAGGUCGAUUACAUUCAUCUGGACAAAGUGUAGUUCAUACUACUGAACAUAACCAUGUGGCCGAUAUUGCAAAAGUUGAAGCUAAAGAAUACCCAUUCUGUAAACAAUUUCCGAGUACAACAGGAUUAAAACGAACAAUUCAACGAGUUAGAAAAAUAAAAAGAUCAGCUCCUCCUGAUCCAAAAUCAGUAACUGAACUCAAAAUACCAGAUAAUUACACAAAAACUUCAACCGGUGAGCUUUUUUUAAAAUAUGAUAGUAUUGAUUACGAAAAUAACUUAGACCGGUUUUUAAUUUUUACUACCGACAACAAUUUACAAUUGAUGGAACAAUGUGAACAUUGGUUAUGCGAUGGUACAUCUUGCGUACCUAGUAUUUUCCACCAACUCUAUACUAUUCAUGGAAUAAAUUAUUCAAAAGUUGUACCAGCUGUUUAUAUACUUCUUCCUAAUAAAAAAGAAGAUACUUACAAACGUAUGUUUUUAGCAUUAAAAUUUUUAAAACCACAGCUUAAUCCAAAAUCAAUGACGUUUGAUUUUGAAAAAGCUGCUAUGAACGCUUCAAAAUAUGUUUUUCCAUCAAUUAACAUUAAAGGGUGUUUUUUCCAUUUAACACAAUCUAUUUGGCGACAUGUACAAUCAAAUGGGCUACAAGUUAGGUAUACAAACGAUUCAAAUUUUGCACUCGAAUUAAGAAAACUAGCAGCCUUAGCUUAUGUGCCUGAGAAUAAUGUAAUUUCAGCAUUUGAAUCUCUGUUGGAUUCCGAGUUUUAUAGAGAAAAUGAAGAGAGUUUAUCAGGUUUAAUUAACUAUUUUGAAGACACAUGGAUCGGAAGACCCUGCCGGAGAGCGAGAAGAGCCCCUUUAUUUUCUAUAAAUGUAUGGAAUUGUUAUGCAUUAUUAAAGUAUGAUAUUCCACGAACUAACAAUUCAGUCGAGAGUUGGCAUAAUUGUUUUAGUUCAAUGUUAAGUUCUCGUCAUCCAUCUAUUUGGAUUUUUAUCGAUUCACUGAAAAAAGAAGAAAGCUUAAACCGUCUAAAAGUUGAACAGUAUAUUGCUGGCAUCAAACCUCCGAAAAAGAAAAAAUACAAAGAUUCUGCAAAUCGAUCAAUUAACGACUACCUGCGUGGAAUUUCGUAUAACUUCCAAUAUCAAUUGACAUAAAAAUACAAUUUAUUAUUUUA